CAUCUGGACUUGUAAAACACCAGAAAAAAAAAAGCAGAAAAAGACAGAAAGCUUUUACAAGCAAAACGCCAAAAUAAUCAAAUCCGAAACCGCAGCUUCGAUCUCAGCCCUCUUUCAAAAUCAUCCAAAAAUUAGGGGUUUUCAAUUCUCAUAAACGAAAGAGGAAAUCGAAAUCGAUUGAAAUCUUAGGGAAUGAGGCCCAAUUGCUGCCACGUUUCGUUUGCAUUUGUUCUAAAAUUCUUGAAUUUUCUCCAAGCUUUCGUAGGAGUAUCGAUCAUACUCUAUUCGAUAUGGAUGCUGGAUCAGUGGAAACAUCACGUCCCCAUUUAUCCGCCGCCUAUAGCUCCGUCGCCGGAGUCUUUUCUUUCGGUCCACUUCAAUACGAGACCGGAGAUCGGAGCUCAAGCAGCUAGGGUUUUCGAUGAUUUCGUUGUCGGUUUGGCAUCCGGGUUGGAUAAUAGCGCCGGGUUUGACUUGAGCUCCGUUAAGCUACCUGCUCCCUGGUUCAUCUACUCCUUUAUGGGAGCGGGCAUUGUGCUAUGUUGCAUUACUUUCAUUGGUUGCAUAGCAGCAGAAUCCGUUAAUGGCUGCUGCCUGUGUUUUUAUACUCUUCUCAAAAUUGUUCUCAUUUUGAUAGAAGCUGCUUUGGUGGCAUUUAUUGCAAUUGAUCGUCACUGGGAGAAGGAUAUUCCAUUUGAUGAAACUGGAGAACUUGAUAGCCUUCGAUCCUUCAUUGAGGACAACAUUGAUAUAUGUAAAUGGGUUGGCAUCAGUGUCGUCAUAGUUCAGGCAUUAUCUUUGCUAGUGGCAAUAAUUUUGCGGGCAAUGGUUUCUAGCGGGAGAAGAGACGUUGACAAUGAAGAUGAUUAUGAAAAUAUUAGAGGUAGAACUUGGGAGCCACUCCUAAAAUCUCAGUCUAGCCACACAUCUACCUCAGCCAAAAAUGAUGGCAAGGGAACUCACUCUGACAUCUGGGGCUCACGAAUAAGAGAAAAGUACGGACUGAACAGUGGUGAUAGAUACAACAGUGCUGAUAAAUAUAAUUUACUAAACCAGAACGCAUCUGGGAGUAUGAAGUCCAAGUAGAACAGUGAUCAUAAAGAAUGGGCGGCAAUCUAUCCUGUAUUUCAAACUGAUCAAGUACAUAUCAUUGCACACUAGCCUUUUUAUUCUUUGCUUUUGUGGAGAAAGUUGUGAUGUAUAUAGGUCUUCAAGAUCCAUGUUCAUUAUAUUGCUUUGUAUCUAUGGAAGGAUUAUCCCAAUGGAAUGUGGUGGUACUGACAGUUUUGUACAAAUGAGAAGUCUGUUGUUUGGUCUCAUGGUCGUUUAAAAUCAUUUGUCAGACUGGAUGUACUAUUUCUCAACCUAUAAUAUACAGUUGAUUAUUUUAAA